UGCCCAUUCAGUCUAAGUAGGCUAGGAAGACAAGUGAAUCAUUCCGCCAAGUUCUCUUAGCUCGCGCCAUCAUUUUGAAUUCAACUGUUUUAGCGCUCGGCCAACCGUGAUAUUUUGCGCGUCUCAUUUUACGGAUUAGCACUCUUGAUUUAUGAAAGUUUCAUCAAAAAAAUUCUAAUUUUGAAGAUGACAUGAUACUUAAAGCCUAUUGGACUGUUUUGGUAAUCGUCUUUAUCGGCCUUACGGUGUAUUUCAACAUUUCAACCCUUUUGGUGGUAGAUGAAGAAAAGAAUUUGGCCGUGAAACCACUCGUGUUACCAGUGAAAAAAAUCAUGGCUUAUUCGUUCAAUAAGCAAAUUGAACUUGACGGAAAAGAGUUUGUGUGUGAAAAUAGGUUUUCAAAAAACAAUGCAAGUGGUCUAAAUGAAGCGAAAUUUUGGUCAAAAGUGGCUGAUAUGGAAGUUUAUGUCACUUCAGUUACCUUGGAUGAGAGACUAGAACCAUAUAGUUAUUUGAGAAUAGUUGGAGCUAUGAAAGGUAGUUGGAAUGCAACAUUGUACUGUCAGAUUUCGACCAACGAUGAUAACGUCCGAAUUAUUAAAUCUACCGUUACGCCCAUAUGGUACGAGAAAUGGGACAUGAAUGACAAUAACACUUAUUACAAUCCCGUUUUGAUAUCCUGCAGGCUGCCGGGAUUUAUAAACAGUUCCAAACCGACAUCAGUGGCUCUAUCUAAAAAUCCUUGCCAAUCUUCUCACAAGUAUUUGGAGAUAGCAAAACCGAAAGUUAUCAGAAAACUGAAUUUUACAUUGUGCGUAAAACCACUUAAUUUCGCCCAGGAUAUUUCUGGGCAUUUAGUGGAAUGGAUUGAGAUGUCCAGAAUACUUGGAGCACAGUAUUUUCACAUAUUUGUACAAAAUGUUACCAAAAGCACCAGACGACUAUUGAAAUGGUAUAAGCAUCGGUAUCCUAACAUGAUAAACUUGGAGGAUUUUUCACCGGUAGACUCAUGCAAUAGCUGUACGAAAAGAAACUACUUGCAACAGACAUGGCAAAGACGUAGAUACGAAGUGGUGACAUAUAAUAAGUGCUUUUACAGCAACUUAAAUUCCCAGUUUAUAGUUCCUUUAGAUGUAGAUGAAAUUAUUGUGCCGAAAUCCGUUAGAACGUGGCAAGAUCUGGUACAAAACAGAGGUAAUUACUCGUCGCUAAUUAUACAAAACGUCUAUUUCUUCGCAAGAAGUAAGAACCGUUUUAAUCGCCCCUUUUUCCUUAACGAAAAUAGACGGAAUAAAGUACCGAACCAAAAAGGAGAAAACGGCAAAAGUUUUAUAUCGACAAAAAAUACGUUAACUGUAUUUAACCAUUAUGCGUUGCAGCUAUUAAGACCGGGUGUAAUCAAAGACUACUACUUUAUGCAAUUUACGGACGCGCAAUUAAAUCAUUACAAAGCGUCAUGUAAUUCAGAGAUAUUUCCUGAAUGUGCCAAGUAUUUGUCUAGUCCUACUAUCAUUGAUGAUAUAAUUUCAAGGUAUAAAAACGAAUUUUACCUACGAUAUCACAAGGUGUUAAAUAGGAUGAAGAAUGAUGGAAUAAACAUUUUUUAAACUA